AUGCCGGUGUCCGUAAUUCCAGUGGGGGCUACCGUAGUUGAUCAUCAUCCUUACCCCGGUGCUUCUGGCUUGGAAGGAAUGGCCUCUACCGAAGAUAAUGUCGCUGAUGUUGUGACUCCUCCAUCCUCGCAUGAUGGGAAAGAGCCCGAACAAGACCCAGUGGUCGCCCCCACCACCGGCGAGGAAGGAUCUGUUGUCAUAUCUGACACCAAGGAAGACAAGAAAGGUUCCCCGGAUAGAGUAUCCAAUUCUCCUGUCCAAUCAGUCUCAGGUUAUCCUCAGGCUCUUCCCGCACACCUGACCCCACAGCCACAGGCGUACUAUUAUUCGCAAACGCAAGUGACCCCUGAGCCUCCCUCACCAGCAGGAGCAACUGGUUAUGAUGUUGGCGCAUUUCUGCAACCGGCUGCUUAUCCAGGAAGUCCUUUUGGGACCGUUCAUGUUCACCCUUAUAGCACAGCUGCCCAGCAACCACCCAACAGUCCCUCUCACACGGCCUCGAGUUUGACGGGUGUCCCACCAGCUUCUCCACUCUUUCCAACUUUGAGUGGACAGCCAACGCAUGGUUUGCUGGACCAUCACCACGUGUUUGAUGGAUCUAUGCAACAGCAUGCUCCAGGUAGUCCUGGACCUCACUAUCUUUCCUCCUCUGGAUUGGGACCUGUUCCAAACGAUUUCUCUGGAUGGACCGACAAUCGACAAAACUCAUAUCCGCCAAACUCACCUGCCCAACAAGGAAUGCCCAUGCCUUAUGUUCCAGGAAUGCCACCUCGUACAGCAGCAGGAAGAUCUUAUUCCUUUGAAGAAACCAUGCUUGCACCAUCUGUAGAUAGCCAACAAGAUCAAGGCUAUGGCGUUUAUGGCAGUAGUCCGAAUAGCCCAGGUGGUCAUUUCUCCCAUCAUCAGCAGGCCCCUCAAUGGGGAUAUCCGACUCCUGAUAUGUAUGGCAUGACGGCUGUCAGCCCACUUCAGCCUCGCCCUACUAUGUCAUAUCCAGGCAUGCCCGGGGGUGGUGGCCGAGGAGUUCCUGGACAGCAAAUGGCAAACUAUGGAGGUCAAUAUUAUCCAACCGCUUCUCCUGGACCUCCCAUUCAAACAACGGCGUCCAACAAGGGUCCAGAUGGCGCCAACUUGUUCAUCUUUCACAUUCCCAAUCACUUCUCCAACAUGGACAUGUACCAUUUGUUCUCUCCAUUUGGUACUCUGCUCAGUGUUAGAAUUAUGGUGGAAAAGGAGUCGGGUCGAAGCCGUGGGUUUGGAUUUGUGUCAUACGAUAGUCCGGAUGCAGCAGCGAUUGCUAUUAAGGAAUUGAAUGGAUAUACGAUUGGCAACAAGCGCUUGAAAGUACAACACAAGCAAAUCCGAUCCGCCGAACAGCAAAAUGAGAGAGGACCUAAUGGAGGAUACAAUCCCCAAGGUGGAAAUCAGGGUGGUGCUGGUGGAAACCAAGGAGGACGCGCUUACAUGCCCUCCUCUUUGCCGCCAUCUGGACCCAUGGCCAUGAGUGCUGCUGGUGGUUGGUAUCAGGAGGGCGGUGCUGGAAAUGUUGAGGGAGGAGCCGCUAGCGAAGAUGUCGUUAACGAGCCGGAAGACGGUGCAGGUCCUAGCUCAUUUUCCAGCAUGGAUCCGUUGCGCCAAUCAUUACCCGAAGUUGACGGAGCCAAUUAA